AUGGCCACUGAGCUCGGCAGCGAGGGGGCGAGCCAGAGAAAUGGCCCUGGUAGUAAUGGCAUAUCAGGAUCCAGGAUGAUGGACCAAAGCUUGUCAACCCUAAUCACAGAGCAUGACAAACAACUGGAAGAAAUGAGAGAACAGCUGCAGCUUUAUAAGGCAAAAAUGAGUGAGAUGAGACGAAAAGUUGAAGAAGUCACCAGCGAAAAUGACAGGCUGCAUGCAGAGUUGAAAGAGGUUAUUGAGCAGCAAAUGGAGGCUCUUCCUAUCAUGCCUCUAGGAACUGAUAUUAUUGCAGAUGAAGAAAUAGUGCGAAACCUUCAAGAACAACUACAACUGACAAGUCAAGAAAAAGAACAAGCAAUAGAGCUCUGGCAGACUGUGUUACGGGAGCAUGAUCGACUCCAGCAGCAGUACCAGGAACGCAUGACUGAAACGCAGAUUCACGUGGCUGAAAGGCAAAAGCAGAAAGAGCAACUGACUGGCUUUCAACAGUGGUCUCGGCAACUACAUGCAGCCAAUGAGAAAAUAAAGUUGAGCAAUCAAGAGUUUCUGAAAACUAUAACAGACCAGAAUGCGGAACUAGAGCAGCUACGAAAGCAACUAAGAAAAGCCAAAACAGAUGGGCGGACAGCAAACGUUAAGGUUGAGGAAAUGACCAGAUUGAUACAGAAGCUUCAAGGCCAACUGGAGAGAAAGGAAGAAGACAAGAUAUCUGCCCAGCAAAGGGAAACAGCAUCUGACAAACGCUUGCAGCAAAUGCAGUCUAGUAUAAAACAAUUAGAAACAAGAUUACGUGUUACUGUCCAAGAUGCUGAGCAGCAGCAAACAGAAAGAAUGGCGCUGGAGAAACAAAUGAUAGAGCUUCAGACAAAGUGUGCUAACCUCGAAAGGGAGAAGUAUGAUGCUGUUGCCAAAGUCGAAGAUUGCAUCCAGCUCUUAGAAGAAGCUAACCUACAAAAAAGUCAGGCACUCUUUGGCCAGAAACAGAAGGAAGAGGAGAUUGAAAACAUGAAAAAUAAACUGUCUCAACUUAUAGAAGAUGCUUCUGCAAGAACUAGAAAGGCAAUAGACUCUGCAAAGAAGCAAUAUAAUGUGCAGAUUUCUCAACUAGCAGAAGAAAUUUCAGCUCUUCAGAUGGAAUGUGGAGAAAAACAGGGUCAAAUUGAACAAGCCAUUAGAGAAAAGAGAGCACUGGAAGAGGAACUUGAAAAGGUUUACAGGGAAGACAGAGGACAUGAAUCUGACAAUAGAAAACUAGACCAACUGCAUCAAAAAUAUCUACUUGCAGAAACUACAAAAUGUGAUCUUCAGAUAACUCUACAGACAACCCAAAAUAAACUAAAACAACUGGAAAUAAACUCUGAGAAAGAGAAAUCUCGUGCCCAGGAAGCUAUCAGUAAAUUGCAAAGCAUUCUGGAGUCAGAAAGAGAAAAGAAUGUCUUUGUCAGUGAACAAAGGCUAAAACUUCAGGAAGAGAAUGAACAAUUGCAAAAAGAAAUGGAAGGCUUGAAAAAACUGGCCAUAGAGGCUCAAAAAAAAGCUGAAAUAAAGAUAAGCACAAUGGAGCAUGAGCAUGCUGUGAAAGAAGAUGGGUAUGAAGCUCAACUUAGGGAAAUGGAAGACACCAAUCAAAAGUCUACUGCUGAACUUAGACGUCUGUUAGUAGCUCAGCAAAAAGCAACAAAUCAGUGGAAAGAGAAAAAAAAAAAUCUUACUGAAACUACAGAAGCCACAAUCAGUAAGCUAAAAAGUGAGCUGAGUCAACACAAACUUCGUAGCCAGGAGCUCGUAUCUCAGCUGAAAGUGGCAAAUGAAAGAAUAACUGAGGAUGAAAAAUUAAUGACAGAGUAUCAAGAAUACAUCAAUAGGCUCCAAAGACGACUAAGCCAGGCAGAACAGAGGGCAGCAACAGCGUCUCAAAAGCUCAGCCUGGCAACUACACAGAAGAAAAGAGCUGCUUCCCUGAAGGGUCUGGAAAAUAUUUAA